AUGAAUAGCACGUACCGCCAUCUUUCUUCAUAUCCUCCUGAUCAAAAUUCCCGGAGCCAAGGACAUCAAGGCUCCGAUGUCUCGAGUCUGCAGACUCUAGACUAUGGUGCUCCAGGCCCGGAUAAUAUGUUGAGGAGAGCCUCCGCAGUGUCGUCAAGAACGCGCUCGAUGCAUGCAUCCAACAUCUCAUUGCGGAGUCCAAGUGUAUCCGCCGCAUCUGGUACCUCGACUGACGGAACCGCUCUCGAGCCUGCGGAUUCGCAACAGGCAGUAGCGACGCAACAGCAGCCAACGAAGCCAGAUAUAAAGGAAUCCAAGUAUAACGACGAUAAGAAGUCCACCCAGAGUCCGCUGCAAAGGUGGCAGUGGAAGUUCGAAACCAGCCUACUUUUACUCGGCGUGUGCUCUCUGGUCGCUAUUAUUGUUCUCCUGGCAGUUGAAGAUGGCACGACGCUGGUUAGCUGGAAAUUCUACUUUUCUCUCAACACGGUGGUCUCUGUUUUGGGAACCAUCUCCCGAGCGUCCCUUGCUUCGUCUGUCGGAUCCUGCAUAGCACAAGAAAAAUGGAACUGGUUUCGCAAGCGACAGGAUCCUCUUUAUCUCUUCGACAGGUUCGACAGUGCAAGCCGCGGCCCACUAGGAAGCUUUAAGCUACUGUACUGGCUGAAAUUCCGUAACUGGGCUUCACUCGGCGCAUUAUCCGUCAUUGUGCUUCUCGGCUACGAUCCAUUCAUUCAAGCCAUAGUUACACAAUACGGGCAGUUCGACAGGAUCAGUGACCCUCAAGGAGCCUCGAUAGCCACGUCUCUCAACCUCGACGUGGGCCUGAUGACCCAAGGACCUGCAGUCGGAGCACUUGAGUCUAGUGAUGGAAGUUGCAUCUACUUGGGGGAUGCUGGCUCACGUUCUCAGCCAGACCUGGGUAUGGUCUCCAGUGUUUACGCUGGCUUUUCCAAUUCUAGUUUUCUCACUCCUCAAACGCCUGGAUACACUUGUCGGACUGGCAAUUGCACUUGGGCUCCUUUUGCGUCCCUGGCGGUCUGCGCCUCAUGCCACGAUGUAUCUCGACACCUCCGAGUUUCUUCAAAGUGGACCAAAGAGGACUUUCCCUCCGGGCACAUGGAAGGCAACCAGACGACGUUUCCUUUGCCCAUUGUCAACAUAUCCAACUUGGGAAGGGAAGGGUCAAUAUCUGCGGUCGGAAAGACUCGGAGUGCACGUCUCGGCCCGUUGGACGGGACGAAAGUAAUGGCUGCGAGAGGAACGACAAACAGAUCAGAGACAAUCUCUUUCACAGAUUCCGACACCUUUGUCAUUGGAUUUUCUAUCAUCAACGCUGAUCCGGAAUUCCUUGAGGACAACGUAUCAUGGGAAUCAUCAAGGCCUAUUGCCACCGAGUGUGGCUUACAGUUCUGCACCAGAUUUUACAAGCCCCUGGUAAAUCAAGGCCAAUUAUCAGAGGGAUUGGCCGGGUCUUCUAUACACCGCAACAUGGAAUCUUUGGCGCCUGAUGGGUUUAAUGAGUCUUGCGUUCAGCAGUGGUACCAGAUGACCGACUACGGUCUCUCUUACGAAGUUGAUGGGGAUCUCAACCUACCACGCAGUGACCUGCAGCUAUUUGUCACGGAUGCCGAGGCUAGACAGUACGGUCUAUCAGAUGAAAGCGCGAGAACGUUCAACAUUUCAGACCGCACGCUUAAGAGCAGCCUGUCCUGGAUGAAACAGACCUUUACACAAGAACAAAUGACCUGGUACGCGGCGGCAGAAAACACCAACCUAUGGGCAUUUGUGGGGCAGUCAUUCUGGAAUCAAUCUACGAUCGCCGUGUCUCUGACAAAUCACUCCAGCCUGGUGGAGACAUUCGACCGUGUCGCUGACAGCAUGACCACCUGGAUGCGCAACCUGGGAUAUGCCGAGAGCCCUGUUGCUGGCACAACCUUGUUGUGGGUCCUCCACGUCCGCGUGCGAUGGGCAUUCAUGGCUUUUCCAGCUGGCACGACCCUGGCCGGCUGUGUUUACUGUCUAGUGAUAAUGUUCGAGACGCGGAGGCUCGGGCUGAAACCUUGGAGAGACAGUUGCCUGGCGACCAUGGCUCAUGGCAUCGGUGACGGUCUGAGAGAGAAGUUGCGAUAUGCAGAUGAUGGAAGGCGUGGAAGUAUGAAGACAGAGGGCCGGAGGCUAAAGACUAUGCUGUCUGAUUAUGGCGACGGGAUGAUGCUCAGAGACGAGAAGGAGCACAAUGUGGACGAAGAUGGGUCGGCGCUUCGAGAGAGCGCUCCGAGGAUGUCAGACGAGCCACAAGGGAGAGCGAGCGUCGAUCAUGGUAGCCGCAGGUCUUCAUCCACUGUCAGGCAUUGA